AUGCUACCUUUCUUGUCUACCUCUACCUCUUCUGCAACUCCAACAAUUCGGUGGACAAAUCAGCAGAUAACAUUAUCUAAGCACGCUCCAUCAAGAGAUCAUGCUCUUGAUCGUGACCUUGAUGACUGGCUCCAACGCCUCAUGCUCGGGGACAGUUCGCAUCCCUAUCCGAUUCCUCCAUUGGCUUAUGAGGCUAUGCAUGUGAGGGUUGACCCUGAUUCCCCUUCUGAACCUCCUACUCCUACUGUUACUCCAGCUCGUCCAACGUACACUACUACACCUACUGUUACUCCAGCUCGUUCGACAUCCAGGACAGUUCAUGUGGCUCGGACACCAUCGAAGCUGCCGCAGUCACAUGUGUCUUCAGGCAUUUCACCACUGCCAUCAUGCAUGUCUUCAGGCACUCCACCACUGCCGUUACGCACGCCUUUGGGUGCUUCAUUAGCAAGCUUGCCAACUCGUUCAACAAAGCGUUCAGUGCCACUUGUCUCUUCAUCAUCACAGUCAGGGUCUAUGUAUUCAAUUCCAAAGGAACUUCUUCUGCCAUUCGGUCCAAACACUCACACCACACUGGAGGAAUUGGGUUACAGUGACACCCUUCAUAAUACCUGCCAUGAGGUUUUCAAUUCAUGUGUUCCUGAUAGGUGGGCUUCUGAGCUAGCCAAGAGGGGCAAUAUUAGCUCUAAGCCUGAAGCUCUUCAAAUAUCGGCUGCAAUGUGGGAGGACUGGAACAUGUUGGGUGGCACUAUUUGGCUCGUCGUUUUGGCAGAAGCCAUUGACGUUACCUGGAAAAGCUUUACAUUGGCUCGGCCUUAUGGAGAGGGCACAGAAACAUUAAUUGUCACUGUGCGAAGUUCAUCUAACAUGCUACCAAAAGUACACCUUAUGAGCGAUGUAGUAUCUCACUUUGUUCGUACACUUCUGUGGGAGGAUCCAAUGAAACUUGGCAUUAAGAUGGAGUCCACUGUGCUUGCUGGACUUGCGCCACGAAAUGUUCUGUCUAUGAAUUAUUCAGACCACAAGUUGGCUGCCAAGCAAGGCAUACGAAGCAGUCUAAAUGAAAGUCUAGUCAAGGUUACCGAGAACACAAAUGCCACACUAGAGUUUGUCCGCUAUGAAUGCAUGGUUCAGGAGCAUCUAGUCAAGCUGAUCGGGUGGUGCCACAAUGAAUGGGGUAACCCCAGCAAUCUGAAAGGCGGAGUUGGCCCACUAGAGGCUCUUGCACAGGCAGUUUCCGAUAAGAAGUGCAAGUUUAUUCGAAUUACAAGACAGGAAGCUGAUGAGCAUAUGAAACGCAUCGAGGCGGGUGAGGUUUUGACCCCAAACAAGGUAGAUCAAGGACCGGAGGAGAGCCCCAUCGAUGACGACAACACAUACGAGGGCAACGACAUUGGUGGUUCUGCUGACCAGACAGAUCAUCUUCCCCUCCCCACACCAUCUUCUCCUACAACACCCACUCGCAACAAUGACUUAGGUCCAGCCCCUCAUACUAGCGAGAUCACUGAAGAUCUUAUUGAUCCUGCCCUUCUAGCCCCUCCCAUUCCGAACGUCUCCACGCCAUCUCCUCCACUCGCCACAACACCUAGCAGGUCACACAUGGAAUCGCGUCUACCCAACACUCAGUUGCCAAUUGCACAAUGUGCCACAAAUAGAGUGCCGUCGAAGCAGAAGAGGAAGCCCACUGAAAAAGCGGUGCUCUAUGCAGCAUCGAGGAAGUCUCGUAAGUUGAAAAGAGGGGUAAAGAGCACUGCGGUGGUAGAUUCGGAUGAGGAGAACGAGUGGGAGGACAUGGAUAAUGUCUAAUACACUGCAUUACAAUUUAUUCGCCCGUUGUAUAGGUCCUAUAUACUGUUUAAAUGCAUUAUAUUGAAAAUAAAAUUGUUAU